AUGACGAGGAGAGGACCAAAGAAAAGGGCUGGCCUUGGCUCAAGUUUGGUAUUCAAGUUCGGCCAAGAACAUCCUAAUAGCCUGCGGCACAAAUACAACUUUAUUGCAGAUGUGGUGGAGAAGAUAGCUCCUGCUGUGGUUCACAUUGAAUUAUUUCGCAAACUUCCUUAUUCAAAGAGGGAGAUUCCUGUUGCCAGUGGUUCAGGGUUCAUUGUCUCAGAAGAUGGACUGAUAGUGACAAAUGCCCACGUUGUCACCAACAAAAACCGGGUGAAAGUGGAGCUGAAGAACGGUGAAACAUAUGAAGCUAAAAUUAAAGAUGUUGAUGAAAAAGCUGACAUUGCACUAAUUAAAAUAGAUGCUCAGGGUAAAUUGCCAGUUCUUCUGCUUGGUCAGUCUGCAGACUUGAGGCCAGGAGAGUUUGUGGUUGCGAUUGGAAGUCCAUUUUCCCUUCAAAACACAGUGACUACAGGGAUCGUUAGUACCACUCAACGUGGAGGGAAGGAGCUGGGGCUCCGCAACUCCGAUAUGGACUACAUUCAGACCGAUGCCAUCAUCAACUAUGGAAACUCCGGAGGACCCCUAGUAAAUCUGGAUGGUGAAGUCAUUGGAAUCAACACAUUAAAAGUUACAGCAGGGAUCUCGUUUGCUAUCCCAUCGGAUAAAAUAAAAAAGUUCCUAACGGAAUCCCAUGACAGACAAGCUAAAGGAAAAGCUAUAACCAAAAAGAAAUACAUCGGCAUACGAAUGAUGUCGCUAACUCCUAGCAAAGCUAGAGAGCUGAAGGAGCACCAUAAAGACUUUCCUGAUGUUGUCUCUGGGGCCUACGUUAUUGAAGUAAUUCCAGAAACACCAGCUGAAGCUGGUGGCCUGAAGGACAACGAUGUGAUUAUAAGCAUCAAUGGACAGUCAAUAAGUUCAGCCAGUGAUGUCAGUGACAUUAUUAAAAAGGACAGUACGUUGAACAUGGUUGUACGCAGGGGCAACGAAGAUGUUAUGUUAACAGUAGUUCCUGAAGAAAUUGAUCCCUAACCAGAAACAUGAGCUGGAUUUCAUGUUUUCUUUUAACAGCAUUGGACUGCUUAUAUUCUCUCUUGUGCUGGUACAGGAAACGUUAGACUUCUGACCAACAUUCUGCUUUUUCAGUGGAUUAGUAUUGGCCAACAGAGUAACUUCUAAUAGGUUUAAGGUGCAAAAUCAGUGUAAUUUCACAUACUCCAGACGAUAAUUUUUUCCUUCUGUAUUAUGUAUGCAAUGUAUUCUUUACUGGCUAUUACAUUCCCCGCUUAACAAAUCGACGUUUGCUUCCCUGUGUUGAAUAGACUUACCUUUAUUUCUGCUAAGAUUUAAACAAAACCCACGCACACAAUGUGUGUUGUGGUAUUCAGGUAUUUAUAGGUUAGCCAUGUUUUAACUGGAAAUACCAUUGUAAAGGAGUAGUUGGUUUAAAAGAAAACACAAUUGGGAAAAAAAGUUUGGUUUAUAAAUACAAAGAAAUCCCAACCAAAAUAACCUGUUCAGGAUCCCGUGCAGGAUUUUAAUACUAUGAUAUUUUCCUAGUGUUAUUAAAAGAAUUCAACAGUA